UUCCUGGUCUUGUCUACUGCUGGAACAGUAUGAUCUUAUAACUCUUACAGACUUUAGUAGACUUAGGCCUAAAUAUAGAGCGCACACAAUGUAUGGAUGACUCCAAGUUUUAAUGUUAUAGAUUCAGCAUUGUGUAUUGACAUUGAUACAGUCAAAGCGAAAGCUAGAAGUGUGACGCUAGAAUGUACAGCCUGACACUACUGCUGUUGGAGCUUGGACUAUUAUUAAAUGGCGCUGGCUGCGAUGUCACAAUAGAAGAGGGCUCCACGUUCAUGUUACCAUGUGACACAGCUUACCCUGAAUGGUAUGUUACAGACAAUGGUUGGACAUUUCAAGCCUCGUUUUGCUACAGUGACUAUUGUUACAACAUGUUACCACUAGAAUAUUUCGCUCGUCCCCCACCAAAGUCUGUCUACAACUCACAAUGGCCUUACCUUCGAGUGAUAAAUGCAAGCAAGUUUUUAACUCAAAUACAUUGCAACAGUUACACCUGGAAGUUCAAUGUGAUAGACAGCGUACCACAAAACAUUGUUUUAAGAGCCGACGGGUUUAGCAAGUAUGUCAGAGUACAAAGCGGAAGUGACGUAACUUUCAUCUGUUCAAAAUUGACAGGAUACGGAAGUCGACUUUCUCUAACCAGGGAUAAUCCAAUCAGCGUUUUAGUCUCAAAUACAUACUCAUAUAAGAUUGUAUAUACAAUGUACAUUCUUUCAAGUAACCCGCCAUAUUUUAGUGUUGAGUGUGCCAUAGACAGUGACAAAAUAAGAAUACUAGUUGAAGUUGCAGAUGAAUUAUCCGAUAGUGUAUCGACUACUUCCAAGAAUGAAGCGAUGGAGGUAACUACAUUCAGGUGGACUACAUUUGCAUUCCCUCCCACCCCUUCUUAUGACGACACAUCCAUCGUUACAAUUGUUGUAUCAGUGUCAGUGUUUGGCUUCGCUAUUUUGUUGGUUGUUGUCGUCAUAAUCGUCACGCGCUAUCGUCGUGCGAGAAGGAAAAGGCAGAGUAGAGAUUCGACUCUCCAGUCGGCUACACCACAGCCGGACAACACCGCAGUUGGGCAGCGCCGCAGCUGGGCAACAUUACAGCUUAACACCACCACAGUAUCAGAGCCACCUGUCUAUGAAGAAUGUGUCCACAUUUUCACCAUUGCCAGGGUAGAACUGGACGCUGCUGCAGAACCUCGGCCCCCAGCCUAUGAUUCUUUGCCUCCAUCGUAUGAAGAAGCAGUAGGUCAAUACCAAAAUACCUUGACGUAAAUGUCUAGAGUCUAGAUGAACUGAAACGUGUUAGAUAAAUGCGUAAUAAUAACUAUCUUCCUAAGUAUCAUUGUUUUUGUUAGAUACUAUUUUAGGCCUAGCUUACUGCUCACUGAGCUAUGCAGUAACUAGUCUAACUUCGACAAUCAUCUGUGCGCAAAUCUCUGGAGGAACAGACCUUAUUCCCACAAUCAACUGCGCAGUAAUUUCUGGAGUAACCAGUCUAAUUAAGACAAUCGAAUUAGCAGUAAUUUUUGGAGUAACCAGUUUUAUCAUGACAAUUAACUGCGCAGUAAUCUGUGGAAUAAUUAGUCUAAUUACGGCAAUCCGCUAUGCACAAAUCACUGGAGUAACAAGCCUAAUUUAAGACAAUCAACGUUGCAGUAAUUUCUGGAGUAACCAGUCUAAUUACAUUAAGACUUAGCAGUAAUGUCUGGAAUAACCAGCCAAUAUGUGACUAUAAACUGCGCUGUAUCCAGUCUAAUUGCGACAAUCAGGUGCGCAGUAAUCUCUAGUUCAGAGUUCUCAAUGUGGGCUGUCUCAAUAAGAACCUCACAUUGAGCUAAAUCAUUACCGACAAGGACAUGAACUAACCUUCAGAUUUCUGAACUAUAAUUUUUCGUAUUGGAGGGAGGUUAAAAACAACAACUUGACCCUGUGACCUCUCAAUGUUGAAUUUGAGAGUCGUGCAGAAUUAUAUAUAUAUGCAAUGAUUAAUCAUAAAUUUCCUUUCCACAGUAUAAAAAGUGUCUGUAUUUGUAUUUUACAUCAACGAAACAAACAAUUAUAUUUAUUUAUUUAUUUAUUUAUGAGCAUUUUUUUCACACAUUCAAUAUUCAGCUUCUAAUGUUGUAUCGGAUGUCAGUGCCGUUGUCAGCGGACGCAAGCCAGUUUAUUUUAAAAUAUAUAAAAGGUUUUAAAACAACUAGA